GGAGCUGCCGUGCGUUCGUUGGACGGUGCGGUGACCAAUGGGAAGCGGCCACGGACUCGGUAUCCUUGAUCGCUUCAGGUGGGAGGACUGAAGCAGGAUUUGUGUACAAACGUGAAAACAAAAUUUCCCAGUCGUUGGCUGGCGCGGUUGGAUGCGAAUGAGAUGAUUGAGGAGUAGGAAGGUGUGUGGAGCCGUCGUGAGCGGUAGCAGCUGUCGCCGUCGGAGACGUGAGAUCCUAAAGUCUAGCCAAGGAGUGCCAGCAGAUUCCUGAGCGAUCUUUGUUUGGAGCGACGCACCUUCCCACUCACUAGGGGUGGUCACGGACUGAUUUUUUUUUUGUUGUCGUUUCAAGAAACAUUUUGCCACGGCCCAGUUCCGGGACUCAGGUUCCCGGUGAAUUUCCAGCAAGCUGUUUCCUGCAGGGAGAGACGCGAUGGUCCGUUCGACGUUGGCCACUGCUGCCAGCCUGGUGCUCACCACAACUGUGGUCACCCAUGCCUAUUACCUGAAGCGGCAGUUUUAUCCCACUGUGGUGUACCUGACUAAAUCCAGCCCAAGUAUGGCGGUGCUGUACAUCCAGGCAUUUGUCUUGGUCUUCCUCAUCGGCAAGUUCAUGCGGAAAGUGUUCUUUGGGCAGUUGCGCGCUGCAGAGAUGGAGCAUUUAAUCGAGCGUUCCUGGUACGCUGUUACUGAGACCUGCCUGGCUUUCACCGUCUUCCGGGAUGAUUUUAGCCCACGCUUUGUGGCCCUCUUCACCCUGCUGCUCUUUCUCAAGUGCUUCCACUGGCUAGCUGAGGACAGGGUGGACUUUAUGGAGCGGAGUCCAAACAUCUCGUGGCUUUUUCACUUCAGAGUUGUCUCACUGACAAGUUUACUGGCUGUGUUGGAUCUGUUGUUUGUAAACCAUGCCUGUCACAGCAUCAUGACUCGGGGAGCAUCUGUCCAGCUGGUGUUUGGCUUUGAGUAUGCCAUUCUCCUCACCAUGGUGCUGACCAUAGUCAUCAAAUACAUUCUGCACACUAUUGAUCUUCAGAGUGAGAAUCCCUGGGACAACAAGGCUGUGUAUAUGCUGUACACAGAGCUCCUGACAGGCUUCAUUAAGGUGCUGCUGUACAUGGCCUUCAUGACCAUAAUGAUCAAGGUUCACACGUUCCCUCUGUUUGCCAUCCGUCCCAUGUACCUGACCAUGAGGCAAUUCAAGAAGGCAGUGACCGAUGCCAUCAUGUCCAGACGAGCUAUUCGCAACAUGAACACGCUGUAUCCUGAUGCCAGUCCAGAGGAACUCCAGCAAACCGACAACGUCUGCAUCAUUUGCCGUGAGGAGAUGGUGACUGGAGCCAAACGCCUGCCGUGUAACCAUAUCUUCCACACCAGUUGUCUCCGCUCCUGGUUCCAGCGGCAGCAGACGUGCCCCACGUGUCGCAUGGAUGUCCUGCGAGUUACGCCCCCCGUGCAGACGCCACCACAGCAGCCUCAGCCGCAGGUGCCGCAGACCCCCCUGGUCCCCCAGCAACCCAAUCUGCCUCCAGGGAUGCCACCCUUUCUGCCAGGAAUGUUCCCCUUCUGGCCACCCAUGGGUCAGCACCUCUUCCCACAGGCUCCUGGUGGGGCUCCAAAUGCACCACAGCCAAACACGUCAGCUGCUACCGGUGCAGAGGGCCAGGCCAACGCUGCCAAUGGUGAAGAAUCCCGGAGCACUGAGGCCAUGUCGGGGACUGGUUUGGAGCCACCCACUGCUGGAUCGAUCCCAUUCUCCUUCCCUUCCUUCCCUGCCUUCCCGUCGGCUCCUUGGGUGGGAAUGCCACCCCCACCGUUUGGAAUGCCUCCGAUGCCAAUGCCACCUUCUGGCUUUGCCGGAUUAACAGAAGAGGAGCUCCGAGCAAUGGAAGGUCAGGAGCGUCAGAAUCUGGAAGCGAGACUGCAAUGUCUUCAGAACAUUCACACGCUACUGGAUGCAGCCAUGGUCCAAAUCCACCAGUACCUCUCAGUCGUUGCUACUCUCAGUCCACCCAGACCAGCGGCAACUACCAGCUCAGCACCAAGCACAGAAUCUACAGUUCCGACAUCUGGAUCGCAGGUGGAGUCAACUGGAGACUCACCACCACCUGCUUUCGACAGCACCUCUGUACCACCUCCCCUGCAACCUGAAGACAUAGGGCAGAGUGACCUGGAAGGGGCAGUGGGAUACUCCGUACCUGACUCGGCUGAAGUUCCGGGCGACGAGAAGGACACUCUCAGUGAACCAGAUGCAGCCGAACUGCGCCGGCGGCGGCUACGGAAACUUGACCUGCCCAGCACCCAUCAUUGACCACUUGGAUUGGACUACACAGCUCGACGCCGGGUCAGAGUCAGACUGGGGUUAGGAUGGGAGAGACCCAGAGGGAAUGUGGGGAGGGUUUGGGCUGGGGAAAGAGUGGGUGCCUCUGUCUCUCUGUCUCUCUGUCUCUCUGUCUCUCUGUCUCUCUGUCUCUCUGUCUCUCUGUCUCUCUGUCUCUCUGUCUCUCUGUCUCUCUGUCUCUCUGUCUCUCUGUCUCUCUGUCUCUCUGUCUCUCUGUCUCUCUGUCUCUCCCGCCAGGAUGUCUUUCAUCACCCCUCCCAUUCCCCACCCACCCUGACCCACCACCAAGUGCCGUUGAUCCUGUGCUAACACAGGAAGUCCGAGCUUUGAAAGUUGCUGCCAAAGACCCUGCGGCGAAUCUGGGAAUAGCGAGAAACUCCAGUAAAAAGCAACAGAUACACCAGCUGUGAUCUCUCACUCUCUCUGUCAUUCUCAUUCUGUCGUCCAUGCACACAGCGUGAUGUUUGUACUGAAAUCAGCAAGGUCAUUUUCCCCCCCUCCCCCCCCCCCC